CUUUGAUGUCAACAAAUAGAAAACUAGAAAAUGAAUACAAUCAUUGUAUUUACAAAAUGAUGUAUACUUUAUCAAAGAGAUGUGUGAAAGCAAUAACUGGAGGUAGAAGUUGAUAAGUAAAUUCUAGAAUCAGUUGAUCAUUAGAAAUUUGCUGCAUUGAUAGGCAAAUAAUUUGGAAUAUUAACUAAAUUAGAGGAAGAGAGAUUUGUUUAGAUUAAAUUUUCAGAUUCUUUAAAAGAAUUAACAGAGUUACUUGGAUUAUAGGGUAUAAAUUUAAAUAUUAUAGAGGAAAAUCAUGUUAUCAUACACAAUAAUUAAUAAAAAUAGAAAGUUCAAAUCCAUUAGUAACCAAAGAGAUUGGAAUUAAGUCGAAAAAAUUUAAAUGUUGUUAAAAAUGUUUCAAAAUCAAUUGAUUAGACAAAUACAAAAUAAAUUGGAGUUUCACGUCCAGAAACAGAACUAAAAGAAUUAAAAGAGAGUAAGGAUAGAGAUAGUUUUAAUGUAAAAGAAAUGAAAGAGAUAAAUUAAAAUAUUCCCAAAAAUUCAUUUUUUAUAUAGAGAAGAUCGAUCUAAUCAGAAAAUGGAGUAUAGAAAACAUUAGAACAGAAAGAGAAAGAAUUUUUAGAAAGAUUCAAAUAGAGAUUAGAUGAUUAAUGA